CGCCCGCUAAGGAGGUGUGUGUGUCGGCGUGUAAAGUUCUGUAGCCAAAGAACGCGAAAACCGUUUUGCGCAUAAUAGUGUUUACAAUCUCUGCUGAGGUGAUAGGGUAAAUAAUCCUUGGAACUUCAACAGGAUCAAUAUGGCUGAAGCUAGACUUGGGGUAGCAUUUCAAUUCCAAGUGACCGAGGAUGGAAUUAUCGUCAACUUCGACAAAAACGGGCUUAAAUCUGUCGGUCGAGCUAUGGUGAAAUCUGCCAAACGGCGGGUUAAGGUUGCAAAGAAGGCGAUUUUAAAGCGAUCGUUCCCUGCAACCCCAGCAUCUUGGAUCCUUCUUGUUGCUGCCUUGGGUGCUGCUCGGUAUUCAGAGCAUGAAACAACUCUGGGAGUAUUGGGAAAGUUGGAACGUGGAUUGCCUUGGAGUCACAAUUUAGAUCCCAAAACAGUAAUAGCAGUGGCAGUGUUGGUGUGUGCAACAAUACUGUGGAUGCUGUUAGGUCACAUUCAGCAGUUCACCUUGCGCCAGCUGUUGCGUUAUAGAGCAUUUCUGUAUGAACCAAGAGGGAAGCUGUCAUUAAAAACUAAGUGCUGGCUGGGAUUAGUAAAACUCCUUGGUGGUAAAAACCCAACUUUGUACAGUUAUGAGAAGUCUUUGCCAUCUUUGCCUGUUCCUGAUCUCAAUGCCACCACAGAGAGAUAUUUGCGUUCUGUUAGACCUAUUCUUGGUGAAGAAAGAUUUAAAAAGAUGGAAACAUUAGCAGAAGAAUUCAAGAAUGGUCUUGGGAAGAAGUUACAGCGCUACUUGGUCUGGAGAUCCUGGUGGUCCACAAACUAUAUCAGUGACUGGUGGCAGCAGUUUGUGUAUCUUCGCUCCAGGGAACCUCUUAUGAUCAAUAGUAACUACUAUGGAGUGGACUCUGUGGAGGUUCCAUCACCAAUACAAAGUGCAAGAGCAGCCAAUAUAAUUUAUGCCAUGUACGCGUACAGAAAACAGAUCUUCAAGGAAAAACUGGAACCUCAAUUUGCAAUGGGUUUAAUCCCACUUUGUUCAGAACAGUUCAGGAAAACAUUUAAUACAACUAGGAUCCCACUGAAAGAACAAGAUCACCUCCAUCACCAUGGUUCAACAUCCCAUACUGUUAUCUAUCAUCGUGGAAGAUUUUUUAGACUUGAGGUCUUUCAUCGUGGACAGUUAUUGAAGGCUGCUGAUCUGGAAAAACAAAUUAUAAAGAUCCUGGAAGAUGAUUCAAAGCCAGCACCUGGAGAAGAACUUUUACCAGCAUUAACUAGUGCUGAGAGAAAUCUGUGGGCUGAGACAAGAAGUACGUACUUCAGCAAAGGUGCCAAUAAGGAAUCUCUGGGUUGUAUUGAGGAUGCUGCAGUUUUCUUGAGUCUGGAGGAUUUGUCAUUGAAUUAUGGAAAGGAAGAUUCAGAAGACAUGGACUCUCUCUGUCGAUAUCUGCUUCAUGGCAAUGGUCACAGUUGCUGGUUUGAUAAAUCAUUCUCUGGCUACAUCUUCAAGAAUGGCAGGUUUGGCAUUUGUGCAGAGCACUCAUGGGCAGAUGCUCCUAUUGUUUCUCAUCUUGGGGAGUUUCUUAUGAUAGAAGACAUCCAAGUUAUGGGAUACAAGGAAGAUGGUCACUGCAAAGGUGAGCCAGAGUUUGACCUACCCCCACCAACAAGGCUCAAGUGGGACAUCCCUGAAAAGUGUGUUUCAAUCAUCGAGUCUUGCCAGGAGAAUGCUGAAAAACUGAUCAAUGACCUUGACCUCCAUGUCCUUGUACACACUGCUUUUGGAAAGGGUGCCAUUAAAAAAUGCAAAUUGAGCCCAGAUGCUUUUAUUCAGAUGGGUCUUCAGCUGGCCUACUUCAAGGAUCAACAAUCUUUCAGUUUAACUUAUGAAUCCUCCAUGACAAGACUUUUCAGAGAGGGCCGCACUGAAACAGUCAGACCCUGUACCACUGAGUCUUGUGCUUUUGUCAGGGCAAUGCUUGACCCCUCUUCUAAGAAAUCUGAGAGGAGAGAGCUACUUGAGAAAGCCGCGGAACUUCAUGUCGAUGGUUUCAGAAAGGCUAUGUCUGGAGCAGGUGUCGACCGUCAUUUAUUUGGCUUGUAUGUUGUAUCCAAGUACUUAGAAGAGGACUCACCGUUUCUGAAGGAGGCUCUCAAAGAACCAUGGAAACUGUCCACAAGCCAAACUGCAACCCAGCAAACAAAUAGAGGAAACUACAUCAAGUAUCCAGGAAUGAAAACGGCUGGAGGAGGGUUUGGACCUGUCGCUGAUGAUGGUUAUGGAGUAUCGUACAUUAUUGCUGGUGAAGAUGUUAUCUUCUAUCAUGUCACAUGCAAGGUUUCGUCCCAGCUCACUGAUUGCAAACGAUUUUGUGCAACUAUCAGGGAGAGCAUGGCAGAAAUGAAAGCUUUGUACGAUGACUAAACCCGCAAAAUCCAUUAACAUGAGGUUCAGAUCAGUUUCUUUGGAUGCUUUCGUACCAAGCCGAGGGACUUUUCUGAUUAGCUUUCGCUCUUUUUGAGUUUCCUAUGUUCAGCUGACACACCUAGCCCUCCCAUCCCUACAAGAAAUAGGAUGCUUCCCCCCCCCCCUUCCAAAUUGGCUACUUCAGCUGGCACUUUAUAGUUUCAACACAACAUAAAAACCUCCGGAAUAUGUAAGGAAUUACUGACCAAAAUAUGAGCGAUUCAAAUUUUCCCCUCCUCCCCCGAAAAAAAAAAAAGAGAGAGAGAGUAGAAAAUGUGUUAGUUUGAUAUAGGAUAUUCAGACAAGAGUUUAUAUAAAGUAAGUAGGAGUAAAUUUAUUGCAUGGGAAUUCGAGGUUGCACAUAUUUUCAUUAUUAACGGGAGCGAAACGCGAGAUGCUUUUUCAGCUUCAUUUGGUAUCGGAGAAUUUCACCUAAUAUUUUUUACAAUACUUGGAUAUUUAAUACUGUUUCACUAGUAUCUGUAAAAGUUUGCAGAGUAAAAAUGUAAACUAUCCCACAGAAUAGAUUUUCAUUCAUGUGACAAGCGGCCAUUUUUGUUUCCUCAAACGAAAGAGAAUUUACAACGCAUGGCCGAUGUGAGGUCACGUGAUAACGACAGAAAGCCUUGUCUCUCUGUGUCGUUAAAAGCCUGGUCAAACGCACGCACCAUUUCAACAGAAAACAUCUUACAACACUUUUGGAUCGUGUUGUGAGAUGCUGUGAAGGAGAUGGCCAAACGCGCGCAACAGCUUACAACAUCCAAAAAUGUCGCAACACAAAUAUGGCCGUUUUCCACCUGAUCCAACCCUUUCCAACAUCUUUCAACAUGUAGCAAUAUGUUGCCACAGGGUGUCCAAACGUGUCUAACACGUUGUUUUCUACAAUGUUGCGUUGAAAUGUUGCGUUCGUUAGGCCGGGCCUUUACACAACGUAUCUACCUGUUUCGUUGCGUGACGCUUCAGUUCUUCUCGUUGCGUUAUAUUACAACCUAAAUAGUUUUAAUCAAACCGACAACUUUAGGUAAGAAUUCCAUAAAUUAUUCUAGCAACAGCCAUAAGAUCUUUUGAAUAUGUUUUAGGUUAAGUUAACAUAAUAGUAUGUUAUAAUGCAUGGUAGUUUAGAGUGAUUUUGACGUUUAUAACAAAUGAGUAGACUUAGUUUUAAAGGAUACAGUUUAAAUAGUUUCAUGAAUGAAACAAAGUCAAAUCGAAAUUUAAGAAUAGUUAAGUGCCAGACAUUGUGUUACGCAGCGAAAUUAUAUGCAAUAAGAGCUAAAUUGAAGAAAUGACGUGGGCGAGAAGGGAGCGCACCAGGAAAUGUGGAAAGAAAGUCUAGGAAAUGCAGUUGAAGGUUAGAGCCGCGUACGGAUGCGAUUGCCACGCCGAAGCUAGGAGAAGACACUUUGAUGCGUUAUAGUGCAAGAAGAGACCGAAGAGUUUUUCGAGCUCACAGCUUAUGGGUGGCUCUCCUUCCAAACGUAAUGCGUAGUAGAGGUGAACAUAAAUUUGCAGAGAUAGAUUCCGGUGCCCCAUGAACGCUGCUUUGGUACUUACUUUUUUCUUAUUUCCCUUUUUUUUUCGUUUGGCAAUGCUACUGGCACGCACAUUAUAUUAGAUUAACAUGGGAAAGGGGGAUUGCUCGUAUUGCGCAUUGCAGUGGAUAGCAAGUUUCUCGGUAGUUUUGUGAACUUUAAAAAGCUCAACGGCUAAACGUAAAUUUUUAAAGUAAUUUAAGAGUGAGGUUUUAGUGUUAGUGUGAAGAAUAUUUCCUUAAUAAAAUCUUAUGAUUAAGAUAGGACUUAA